AUGAAUAAUGCAAUCGCUAAAGUAACAAGUGGAAGCAAACGGGAUGCAAUGCCUUUACUUGAUAUUUCCCUUGAAGAGUCAAUUGUUGAUACAAAUCCAGCUGAGAUCCCAGCGAUUCGCAUCGAACAACCAUCAACUGCAACAGCGAAUGGAAAUUGUACAUAUGAUCCCGCAACACAUCUGCGUGCGAAACUAAGGUAUUUUUUCAUGUCGCCAUGCUGGAAAUGGCAUUUAAAACGACAAUUCCCUUGGAAAGCUUGGUUUCAAUUUGUAAAAAUCAUUAUUGUCACUGCUCAGUUAAUAUUGUUUGGUAUCGAAAGACAAACUCAUGUGGUAUUUAUAUCCGAAAGCAAUACGACAUUCCAUCAUUUAUUCGUACGUGAUUGGAGCUCAAGUCUCGAAACAUUACCAUACCCACGUGCAUCAGGAGACUUUGCUGUUUAUACCGCGAGUGAAUUCCUUGAUUCGAUUAAUUAUCCUAUUCGUCGUUUUUACAAUCUAACUGAUAUAUCAUUAGGUUUGUUCGAUUUUCACGAUCAUUCUGUGCAAAAACCGUUCACGACGGACAAUGAUACCAGUGAACGGUUUGUUACUUUAUGUAUGAAUCAAUUUAAAACCUGCCGCAUUGAUCCAAGCUCCCAUGCAUAUAUUUUGGACAGCGAGGUUGAAAAUGUUUGUUUUACAUUCAAUGCAACUGUUGAUUUCGAUGUGGAAAAGUAUCUGACCGAUGAGCAUAAUACAACGAUCAGCUACUGUGGAUUGAACGAGUUAACACUUGAAUUUGUUAUUCAUGCAAUUCAGUUAAAAAAUCAGAAACCUUUUAGUCUGCCGGAUUGUUAUCAUUUUCUAAUCAAAAUUACCUUUGAUAACAAUGCGCGAACAGGUAAAAUUCGUCAACAUUUGAAUUCGCAAGCACACUUUCGUACCUGUAAUCGACAACUUAUCAAUCACCAUUCAAGUUGGACGUUUAUUCGUCGAGAUUUGUUAAUUAUAUUCGAUAGUAUCGUACUAUUUAUCAGUACUAUUUCGCUCAUUCUUUGCGUCAGAUCGUUGUGGCAUGGUCACUGCUUAUGUAAAGAAAUCCGCUUGUUCUACGCAACAGAACGCAACCGUGAGAAACCAUUGACAUGGAGAGAAUUGCAAGUUUUCUAUUCAUUAUGGUACUUUCUGAUGGUGCUAACUGAUCUAAUGGUCAUUGCGGGAACGGCGAUUAAGGUGGCCAUUCUAUGUAAAGCCACGGAUGAAUAUGAUGCUGCUGGUUUACUACUUGGCUUAAGCAGUCUCUUCUCUUGGAUAAGUUUUCUUCGAUAUUUAUCAUUUUUUCGUAAAUACAAUCUACUAUUUAUUACAAUUCAAAAGGCUCUACCACUAUUACUUCGUUUUCUCUUUUGUGCAAUUAUUAUCUAUUGUGGCUUUAUGUUUUGUGGAUGGAUUGUCUUAGGUCCGUAUCAUUCGAAAUUUCGAACACUAUCAACAACCUGUGAAACAGUUUUUGGAUUAAUUAAUGGUGAUGAUAUGUACACAACAUUCGCUAAUAUUGAAACUGAAUCAAUUUAUAUUUGGGUUUUCUCAGAGAUUUACUUGUAUUCAUUUUCAUUUCUAUUUAUUUACGUUGUUUCCAGUUUAAUUAUUGCAUUGAUUAUUGAUGGAUAUGAAACAGUGAAGGAGUAUUACACUUGUGGUUUUCCUAAAAGUCGUUUACAAAAAUUCAGUGAAGAAGAUAUUUCCGAACUAGCCAAUAAUCAGGAUUGGCAGGAUUUAACAACAGCUAUACAAUCACGAUCAGUUUGCUUACCGUGCUGUUUCAAAGCUCCGAAAGAACUUGCAGAAAUAGCAGCAAGAGAUACACAGCUCAUUCACCAUCUAAGAACACUUGAAUAA